AUGGGGGAACCCGUGGAACCAACCACCCAAACACCCUCGGCCAGUCCUUCCCUUCCCCUCUUCAUCAACAAGAAGACGCUCGAAACAGGCCGCAAAGAGAUCCUAGUCCUCGCCCUCGGCAUCCUCUUCUUAGCGAGCCAGCUAUGCCUGGCGAUCUGGUACUUCGCAAUUCCCCGCGCCGCGCCCCGCAAGCAAGAACAGCGCAAGCUCGCAACUAUCCUGCCGGCUGAGACGACGCCCUUCUCGGCCCACAUUGACACCACCAACGACGCAGACUCCAAUGGCGACUCCCUUCUCCGCCUCCGCCGCCGCAGCACCUGGGGCGGGCGCUCCGCCCAUCCGGGACCCAGCCCUCGAGGACGGCGCAAGUCCGCCAGCUCGCGGCGCAAGGCGCACGACAGUGACGAUGACGAUGAAGGGGCAACGGACACGCUGAGCACACUGAGCAGUCCAGGCCCAGAGCCGGAGGGCGGCCGCGCCAUGCGCAGGGCCACUGAGGACAUGGUCAUGGCCGCGGCGCUGGCGACGCCCACGACAUUGCUGCCCUUGGGGCCAGGGGGCGGCCCGCAGGACACGGAGCUAGAGGAUUUUGACUCGCGCCGGGCGUGGGGCGAGGCGGGCCUGCUGGCGGCGUCGAUCGUGAAGCCGUCCUCGCCGCGAUCGCCGCGCGUGCUUGCGGCUGAUCAGGCUGCUAUGAUGGAUGCUUUUUGUGCAGACGAGGACGAGGAGGCUGCUGCGCCGUCGCCCGUGGGUUUAGAGGAGGAUGUGCUGGCGUUGAGCUCGGGAUUUGAUGAUCCGUUGGGGGUGAAUAGGCGGGUGGCUUCGCCCGGGAUGGAUGAGAAAGGUCCUGCUACGGGUGAGUUCGAGUUGCAAGACGGAGGGCAGGGAAGUGUGUUCGCCUGA